UAUUUAGUCGGCCACCUCCGUAGCCAACAUUGCCGAAAACAUCAGUCACUGUGUUUUAAACAUACUUCUGUCGUGUCUAGUUGUUGGCCCAUUUAAUGUAACGUUAAUAUUUACGUUGUUUGUCAGGUAGCUGGCUUGCUAAGUUAGCUUUGCACUAGGCUAAUCGCUAAUGCUAAGUAGCUAGCUAGGUAACAUCCCCGACCAUGAGUUCACUAAACUACUCCACUCCUGCUGAAGAAGAGGUCCGCUGGACGGAGGAAGAAGAAGAGGCUGUUACAGUUAAACAAGAAGUAGAGGAUGAGGCUGUUACUGUGAAAGAAGAAGAGAAAGAAGUUACCGUGACAGAGAAAGACGCUUUCAGAGUGAAAGAGGAGGAGGAAGGAGUUUUCGGAGUGAAGAUGGAGGGGCAGAUUACUGGCACGUUGAAAGAGGAGGAUGAGGCGGAAGAGGAGACAGGAGAUCUGAGUAACACCACAGGAGAGCGACCAGACUCUCACUCUGACAGCGGGGAGAGUCAUUCAGGGGAACCAGACCCAGAGACGUCCAAACCAGCGAGACGACAUCACUGUUCCGAGUGUGGAAAAAGUUUUAACCUAUCACAACACCUGAAAUCACACAAGAGAACACACACAGGAGAAAAGCCUUACCACUGUUCCCAGUGUGGAAAGUGUUUUACUCGGUUAGAUUACCUGAAAAGUCAUAAGCAAAUACACUCUGGAGAGAAGCCUUACUCCUGUUCCUAUUGUGGAAAAAGUAUUAGGUGGUUAGGGACUCUGAGAUCGCAUGAGCGAAUACACACACAAAAAAAGCUAUACCAAUGUUCCUUGUGUGGAAAGCGGUUUACCCAGUUAGAAGCCCUGAUUAUACAUGACAGGACACACACAGGAGGGGAUAAGACGUACCACUGCUCCCAGUGUGGAAAGAGAUUUAACUGGUUAAGGCAGCUGAAUAAGCAUGAAAGAAUACAUACACAGGAGGAGAAGACAUACCACUGCUCUCAUUGUGGAAAGACAUUUUCCCAGUUAGAGGACCUGAAAUCACAUGAGAAAAUAGAGAGGCUGUGUUCUGACUUGAGUUUUUGACUGAUCAUUUGUGUUUUUUGUUUCAUCCUCAUGAAAUCAAAUUGUAUGAAACCAGAAUACGGUUUUACUUUUGUUGUUUUUUCAUUUCGAGACAUGAGCAUGUCUAAUAUCAGAUUAAAUAUUUAAA